GAGAAUACUGAAAGCGAGGGUUAGAGAAGAGGAUUAGCUUUCUCUACACUAUACUUUCCGUUGUAUUUCUGUGAGAAGGAUGAGAGGAGGAAAAAGAAAGGAGAAGAAAGUAGAAGACGAUGAAGUAGAACAAAUGUUACGAGCUGCACAAGACGAAAUCCUCUUAAAUCUCUCCCUUAAUUCCCACUUAUCUCGCCCUUCUCCUUCUUCUAUUCUCCAUUCCAAUCCUGAACCCGAUCCAGAUUUGGAUCUCGAUCUGGACCGUCGAUUUCAAGCACUCAAAACCAAAACCAAAGAUCAACAACAAGAUAUCUCCGCCAGAUUCGAUGCUCUCAAAACCAAAUCUCAUAAUCCUGUUAACCCUACCGCUACCGUCUCUGCAUCCAACACCUCAUUUCAUUACGAAGAAGAAGACGAAGAGGUUCAAAUUCAGAAAUUGAUCGAAUGGGCUAAAGAUGCUGCGCGUCUCGAUCCUUCUCCUCCAUCUCCCUCUGUUUCCGACGACGAGGACGACGAGGAUCACCACCGCAAAUCAUUUAAAUAGUUUUGAUUUUUCUUUUCAUUUUCGCAAUUAUUACAUUUUUUUUUUAUUGUAGAUGCUUUUGUUAGUUUUUACUUGUUAGUGAGCUCGUUUCUGUAUUAUCUCUUUUACCAGUAGUGAUAUAGAAAAUCUGCAUACAAGGAUUAUUUAUUGGAUAGAUUUUUUUUUAAGGAGUAAAUUAAUAUAGAGCCUAAUUGUAAAGAUUUUCUAUCUCAACCACUUGGAACUCACCAGUCACCAAGGUUUUGUUCAAAA